AUGGGGGCUACCUACCUAUCGAUUAAUCAAAUUCUACACUCUCGCACUAAACAUGUAAAAGUGGAUUAUCACUUUGUGCGAGAUCGUGUAGCUGCCAAAACUCUUCAAUAUGGGCUCUUGUAUUUGCUGCCUGCACACCAACACAGCAACAUGGAAGAGGGAUUACACCAGGUGAAGGUCGUGUUAAGCAAUAGCAUACAGGAGAAGCUCCAAAUUCAAAACACUUCCAAGGCAAUCAGCCCACACGUAUUCUGCAUUGCAGAUCUCAGAUGUUUGGUUGGCUCCAACACCAUUAACUGCAUCCCGACCAUAGUAGAAUUAGUGAAACUCAAAUCCAAGAACCAUGAUCUUGAGGUUAAACAACCUGAAUUCCUUGUCCUCUUCAAUGAUCAAGUUAGCAAUGAUUUCAACUCUCUUUUCAGAUCCCUUCCUUUCGACAGGCAAUACAUGGCUGCAGCUGCCCCUGGCUCUUUCCAUGGUAGUCUGUUCCCCAAGGCCUUCACAAAUUUUGUUCACUCUUCGUUCGCGCUUCAUUGGCUACGAAAAGACGAAGUUACUGAAGUGAACUCCCUAACAUGGAAUAAAGGAUAA